AAUCCUGAGUCUAUUCGCGAUCCGCCGGCGGGGUGCAUGGGCGCCUGACCGGGACAUUUGGGGUUAGUGUCUGGGUGUCAGUGCUGCACAUAAAACUGUACACCUCUAUGGGGUGCGCGGCAAAGCCAUUCGGCUCAGGCUCCUUGCAAAGACUGGUCUGAGCUUCAAAAGCGGUAUUACCUGUAUCCCGGCUUCGCCGCGGCAUCUAUCCGACAGCAACAGCAUCUGCACCGACUUGAAAGUCCAGUUUCAGGGCGAAAAGUGGAGACAGAGCGAGAUAUGUCACAGGAGCCGGACAGGCGGCUGGUGGUGGUGGUCCCAAACGAGGUGUCCCUGCACUCGCAGAGGAUCUACACCAGCGAGGACGAGGCCUGGAAAUCCUAUCUGGAGAACCCGCUGACGGCCGCCACCAAAGCCAUGAUGAGUAUCAAUGGUGAUGAGGACAGCGUGGCAGCCCUUGGCCUGCUCUACGACUACUACAAGGUUCCUAAGGAUAAGCGGCUCCUGUCCAACAGUAAAGUGACUGAGACCCCAGAAGAGCAUGAGAAAAGGAGCGGGCUGGACGCUGGCACCAGUCACAUGACUUUGGACACGGCCAACAACCGCGUCCAGGUGCUGAAGACGGUCCCUGUCAACCUGUCACUGAACUCUGAGCACCCGGACGUGAAGCGAGACCCCUACUCGGGUAAUUCCGGUGGCCCCGCGACUGGGCCCUUGCUGAAGACCGAGCCGUACGCCCCCUACAGGUUGCAGGGGGAGGGACAGGCCCGUGGGUAUGAAGUCAGCCCCUUCAACGUGUCCCCUGGCUAUCAGGGAGCGUACUGCAAAGGCGAGCAGCGAGGCAGCCCAGACAGCACCUACGAGCAAGAGCGCAAGAAGUUCUGCCCGUCAUCAGUCCUGGGUGCUGAUGCUUUUGUCCACGACCAGUCAGGCAUAGACACGUUCCAGUACAUGCUGGAUGCCUCUAAGUCACUGCGACAGAAGCAGGGAGAGGCGCCCAUGACCUACUUGAACAAGGGCCAGUUUUAUGCAGUGACCCUGAGCGAGACCAGUGCCAACAAGGGCCUGCGUCACCCUAUCAGCAAAGUCAGGAGUGUGAUCAUGGUGGUGUUCAGUCCAGAGAAGAACAGGGAUGAACAGCUCAAAUACUGGAAAUACUGGCACAGCCGCCAGCACACGGCCAAGCAGCGGGUCCUGGACAUCGCUGACUACAAAGAGAGCUUCAACACCAUCGGCAACAUCGAGGAGAUCGCCUAUAACGCCGUGUCCUUCACCUGGGACGUGAAUGAAGAUGCAAAGAUCUUCAUCACAGUUAACUGCCUGAGCACCGACUUCUCCUCCCAGAAGGGUGUGAAAGGACUCCCGCUGACGAUCCAGAUCGACACCUACAGUUAUAACAAUCACAGCAACAAGCCACUUCAUCGAGCGUACACCCAGAUCAAGGUCUUCUGUGACAAGGGUGCGGAGAGGAAGAUCCGGGAUGAGGAGAGGAAGCAGAUCCGAAAGAAAGUCAAAGCAGGGAAAGACAGUGGGCCAGGAGCCCUACCACUGCCCAAGAAGUUGGACUGCACCUACUUCAAGACCAUGACCGACCUGAACUCGCAGCCCGUCCUCUUCAUUCCCGAUGUUCACUUUGGAAACCUGCAGAGGGCAGGGCAGAUCUAUGCCAUCAACACUGAGGAGGUUGAGAAGGAUGGAAGCAUGGUGGUGAAGAGUAUAUUCAGACCAUCUCAGGAUGAAUGCAGUGCCUCCCCAUCCAAGCAGAUGAGGGGGGAUUUACAGAAGAAAGUGCUCCUGUACGUGAGGAGUGAGUCUGACGAAGUCUUCGACGCGUUAGUGUUGAAGUCCCCGACAUUGCAGGGCCUCAUGGACGCGAUUUCAGAAAAGUAUGGCAUCCCUAUUGAGAGGAUGGCUAAAGUGUACAAGAGAAACAAAAAAGGGAUUCUGGUCAACAUGGAUGACAACAUUAUCGAGCACUACUCCAAUGAGGAUACAUUCAUUCUGAGCAUCGACCAUCUAGCAGAUGCCUACAGAGUCACACUAACAGAAAUUUGAGUGGCUUUUGAGGAACUGUGGCAUCGUUUGUAGCAUCUCGGUCCAUUCGGAUCGUAGAGGUCAGUGGGGAGAAAGGCCUCUAGCACGCCGAAGCCUGCAUCCCCCUUAGACCAUGAAUGUUCUCUUAGACAUCUUUUCCAAAUGGACCGAUCUUUUUUUUUGCCCGAUAGUUUGUCACAUUACUUGACACAUAACUGGAGUUCUGAAGGCCUUGAGCCAGGCUCUGUAAGCCAUCUCUUCAGGGGGAAAACAAUGUUAUUUUUGGUUUCUGGGAUCGCCAGCAGACAUCAUCCAACGAAACGCACUGUUGAGCAUGAAGUGAAGAUGCUUGGUGUUGGCCGGAUCCAAUCCAACCCCGAAAAGGCAGUUGAGACUGUGCUGAGAUCUGAUGUCAUACUUGUAUGUGCUACAAGGGGAACCAUCGGUAAGCGGACAGAAUUUUAAACGGGCCCAGAAGACCGGGCCAGUUGGCUACAGUGCAUUAACAGCGCUUAUAAGGGACAGCAUUGUAUCCAUCGUCUGAACCCUCAGGAACGCAGGUGACCCUCUGUCCUAGUGCAGUGUGCAUCGCGGAACAAAGACAUUUAAAGGACAAUGAUAUUUUCUACUUCUCUGUGAACAAAUGGAGGCGAAUGUUCAGUGUGUUGCUGUUCUAUUGCUAUGGCAUGGAUAUCUCCCUGCAGCAGCUCUCUUGGAGACGAAUCACAUCUCCGCAGAUCACCUGACCUUCACAGAGAAGCGAAACCCGAAACUGGGCAUGUUAACAGGGAUCUUAUAUUCAUAGGGUUGGACUAAAGAGUGCACACCAGUUUUGUACUUUUUUUAAGGUUUCUUUUUUAAAAUGGACGUAUUUAUUUUAUUGGUAAUAUAAAAUCUGUAAAUAUGAUGGAUAUGUCUACAUUUGAUGGAGGUACUAACCAGGGCUGUUACAUGCAGAAAAUUCCAGCAGUCAUACUGGUGAGCUUCAUUGUUAACUGAUUAAUGACAGGGAUGAGCAGGUCUUAACUGAAGCUCCUGAUUGGACAGCAGAGAGAGUGUGUCUGUCUGUCUGUCUUUCUUUGUGUUUCCAUCAAAAUAUCAGUGCACCACUGUGGAGGACAGGCCAUCUGACUCAACCCACACAGACACUCAAACAUCUCAUUCUGGUCAAGAUCAUGUGAAAAUGUACCUUCAAAAACCUUAGAAAACUGCAGCAUGCGAACUGUUAUAUACUGGAAAGUUUACACUUUGCAUAUGAAAUUUCUCACCGUUUCACAAAAAAAAGUAUGAAAAUAAAAACACUGCCUGGCAUCUCCUAAA